AGUUACCUCAGUGCUCGUCAGUAUUAAUGGAACCACUCUUUGAGUAUCGGAAAUUGAUGUUAAAUUGAAAAUAAACAGCUAAUAAACAAACAAGUAUAAAUUUGUAUUUGUACUACGUGUUUUGAUUAGAAUGAGGUGUGGUGUUGGUUAUAAACUAACCAUCUCCCUCCCUUUUCUUGGAAACUAACUAAAACAAUAAAAAUAUCUCCUGAUGAUGUGCAGUAAUCACGGAGUAUGCACCACUGAGAGAGGAGAGUUUAUAUGUAAACCGUACAUGACAUAUUCAGAAGUAAAAAAUUGUUGUUGUGUGUUGAACAAUAUUGCGUGGAGUGUUUUGCCUUUACAGCCAAGAACAGAAAUAAGUUUAUCUAGCACUGUAAUGGUAUGCCAUCAAUUUGAUUCGAACGUGGAAAUCACGUGUGUCGACAAGAAUUCUUUCCCUAAAACAUUGUUUUGUCAUGAUUUGAAGGGUGGUUAUUUGGAAGACAGGUUUGUGAAUGGGAGCACUGUACAUGAUGAAUACAGAUUCUUUCAUUGGGCAGGAAUUGAUACUUUUGUGUACUUCAGCCACCAUUUCAUCACAGUACCCCCACCAGUUUGGAUCACUGCUGCUCAUCUGCAUGGCGUGAAGAUCUUAGGCACUGUGAUAACAGAGUGGAAAGAUGGGGAAGCGAUAUGGAAAGAAGUGUUGGGCAGCGACGACUGCGUGCGGCAGUUUGCGGAUCGCCUGGUGGACAUUUGCUUGCACUUCUCGUUCGACGGCUAUCUCCUGAACGUGGAGAACGCCAUCGUCAAGGACAGCGUCCCUAGGCUGGUGAUGUUUGUGGAGUUGCUGUGCGCCAAGCUGAAGCUGAAGCUCCCGCACGCGGAGGUCGUCUGGUACGACAGUGUGACGGUGGAUGGGGACUUGAAGUGGCAAGACGAGCUCAAUGACUUGAACAGGACUUUUUUCGACCAUUGUGACGGCAUAUUUCUUAAUUACUGCUGGACUGACGAGAAGUUAAAGAACACGGCCAUGAGUGCCGGCUGUCGUAAACACGAUGUUUACGUUGGAGUUGAUGUGUUUGGUCGAGGAUGUUUCGGAGGAGGUGGCUUCAACACUUGCAAGGCGAUGGAAGUGGUGCGUGCACACGGCCUGUCUGCGGCCUUGUUUGCCCCCGGCUGGGUCCACGAGUUCCUCGGCAAAGAAAACUUUGCCACCCAUGAGUACGUGUUCUGGCAGAAGCUGUGGUCGUUCCUCCACCCCCACGGACCUUGCAAGCUGCCUUUCAGCACCAGCUUCUGUCAGGGAUUCGGUAACAAGCUGUAUCAUCGUGGAGCUGUUGUUUCCGACACUCCGUGGUACAACCUCGGCAGACAGCAGCACCAGCCCAGUGUAGCGUCCUGCCUGAGUGACGAGUGCGUUGCUGAGGUGUGCCAAGAGCGCGAGGCUGUGGGAGAGGGGAGUGACCAACAGGCAGAAGUUAGCGAUGCACGGCGCACAGAGAGCCACGGUGGCUGCCUGCAUCAUUGCCAACAUGAUGGAUUCUGUGGUGGCGGCUGCCUGGAGAUCACUAUGCCUGCAGGGUGUGGGAGCAGCAGACACACCAUUCUGGUCUGCAACUUUGUUUGUGAUGGCUCUUUGCUUGUCACCACAGCCAGCAAAACUCGGGAGGAAGGACCGAACAUCUGCCUACUACUUGCAGUUGAUUUGUCUGAAAUGGAAUCAAGGAAGCAACUACUCAUUUUGGUUAAUGGUUCUUCUGAACACUCCAAUUACCAGGAAAAUGAUUCCUGUGUUGUAAGACCAUUGAUGGAAAAUGAAGCCCAACAGUUAAACCCUAAUGUGGUAUUAAUGACAGGAUCACAUGGCUGGAUUGUCAGUCAUUAUAUGCUGAAUAUUAAUGGUGUCAUAAGAACAGUUGGAGCAGAGCUACGUGGUUCUGGUGGGAGUGCUCUUUUGGGAUAUAUUUCACUAAGUCCUGUUGAAUUACAGCAUAAAGAGCAUUAAAGAGUUGAAAUUUG